AUGACCCUUCUCAAACAAGACCUCACAAACAUCACCACGGCCGCCGAGAAACACAUCCUCGCCUACUCGGUCGACAUCACCUCGCCAAACUUCCCAACCUCCACGGAGCGCGCCGCAAAACUCUCAACCUACUACCUCCCCAGCAUUUCCUUCUUCGCCGGCGGGGCCCCGAUCCAACUUUCCGACCCCUCGCUCUUCGUCCAACUUAUCUCGGGUCCGUUGGACAGAAUCCAGGGCCUUGCCCUCGAUGUCAUCGGACACCGCGUCGAGGCCGUUGCUGAAAACAGUGCAAUUAUCUGGCUUACACUGAGGGUGGAUGAUAAGGUGGAGGUGUCGAAUGUGUAUUUCUUUAGGAAGGGGGAAGAUGGCAAGGCCGGGUUUGAAGGGGGGGUUUUCGAUGGCGAGGUUUGGUUGUUGAAGCAGUUGGGAUUGGCUUAG